GAGAAGGAUAAUUCUCAAUUUGACUUCCUCUCGUUACAUGUCCCUAUCCAUGUCUGAAAAUCUAAUCUAAAAUCUAAAUCUAUGUUGCAACGCAGACAAAUCUAACAAAAUUCGCCACUAGAUUUUCAUUUCCUUUUUCUCAAAGGGUUUGCUCUUUGGUUUCCUAGCCCAAUAAAAGAAACCAAAACUAACUCAGUCACUUUCCUUUUUUAAUAUAUAUACAUAUAUAUAUAUAUAUAUAUAUAUAUGUAUUUGUUGUUUUAAGCUGCCCACUGCAGCAACUCAGCAAAUACUCCAAUUUUAGAAACAUGCACAAAUUCAAACUCUUCUGCCACUGUUACUUUCUUAACAGGGUUUGAUAAAAGUGGGGUUUGGUGUAAAAUGUUGGUUUUAAGCAUGAAUUCAAAAAGGCAAAGGCGGCCAAAUGUUAGGUUAGGGGAAAUAGGAGACGUAUCUGCUGCUUUUGCAUGUAGGUUUUCUCAGAAGACCAAGGAAAGUUUAGGACAUAAAAGAUGGAAUCCUGAUUUUCUCAACCCUCAAGGAAAUGAACUUACUACUGUUGUUGGGUUUUCUAAAGAAGAGUCUCCAGAUUUCUUGAUUUCUGGCAGUGGUGUCUCCCCGAGGAUGUCAGCUGAUUUGCAACAGAACAGAGAGAAUAAGAACCCGAAUUCUUCGAAAUCAGGUUUUGAUGUGGUGAAUGCUGAUGAAAUUGAUAUGAUGAAGUCUAGUUUAAAUUUUGGUACCAUAACCAGGAAGAGUAGGGUCAUGAAGCGGCGAGGGAGGAUCAGGGAAGGCAAUAAUUGUGUGUUUGGCAGUGCUUGGACCUGGAGUACUAAACUUAGUCCGGAAUUUAGUGGUGAAGAUAGAAAAGAGCAUGGUGAGAAAGAGUUUAUGGGAAUGAGAUCAAAUGCUUGUGAAGAUUAUUGCCCUGUUAAUGGUUUUCAGGACAUAUCAGAUCAUGAAACACCGGCUACCAGCAAAGAUGCUUGUGAAUAUGAUGUGGAUGAACCCGGUUAUGAUAGUUGGCAACAGGGAAAUGGUGAUGAUUACUGGAAGGAUGCUUGUUAUGAGAGAAAUAAUGUGCUUUUUAGAUCUGGUGAUGGAUGGGACCAAAUGAGAUACACCUGUAAUGACGUAACUAGUGUUGGAAGAUGGUUGGAAGACCUGGGAUUUGGCAGGUAUGCUGGCAUGUUUGAAAUGCAUGAGGUCGAUGAGGAAACUCUGCCUCUGCUUACUCUAGAUGAUCUCAAGGAGAUGGGUGUAUUUGCUGUUGGGCAUCGAAGGAAAUUGUACACUGCAAUACAGCAAUUAAGAGGAGGAGAUGUUUCUUCUUGAAAACUUUUCCAAUAAAUGUAGGUAACCCUUUUUUUUUUUUUCACUCCCCUUUUGUGCAGGAAAAAAGUGUGGCAGGCAUGUAUGUAACCUUUUGGAAUCUCUGACGUGUUUUUUCUUCCUGUUUCUUUGCUGGCUUUGUCAAUGAGAUAAGAUUAACUAGUUCAUACUUUAUAGGCUUGAAGCUAGCAUUUCUUGUCACUAGCCCCUUGAAUUAUUAAAUCUUAACAUUAUGUGAAGUGGGUGGUUGCUCUUGCUACUGUUAAGUAACGUUGUUUUUGGGUCUAAGUUAAAAUUCAUAAUACAUUAAUCGUAGUACUUGGAUUCUGGUAUAAGUGAGAGCUAUAUCGACAGCCUCCCUGUCUAUAAUUUUUGGGGCAUGUAUUAUGUAUAUAAAUAGUAACAUGCUCCUUUAUUUAGGCAUAUAAUUCAGCUGAAAGUAUCAUGCACAUGUUGCCCCAUUUCUUAGUUGAGGUAUUAUGAGCGAUUUUACAUUGCUGACUGUUAUAAUUCAGUGACAAGGAAAAAUUGUGACACGGGCACUUCUUUAGAACUUAAAGGUCAACAUUUCUUACCAUCAAUUACUGCAAAGGUUAGGUAUGAAUUACUGCAAAGGUUAGGUAUGAUACUUGAUUUAACGCUAGCUAUGUAGUCAUGAGCUAUAUAUCAAAGAGUAAAGUGAGCAACAAUAUCAUAUUUACUUUACUAAAUUUAAACUGAUAAGAACCUGAGAAAUCCUAUUUUUGUUUUAGAAUUAUGGAUAAAAAUUUUGUGUCUACAUGUAUGCGUGUGUGGGAGUAAGCGUGGUCUGCCACUUUCCCCUUUCUUUUACUGUUUGGGAGCAUAUUUUGAUGAAGGUAAGUAACUAGAUUACUAGAAUGCUAAAGUGUGACUAUAAUAGUCUACAGAUUGUCUGAACUUAAUAAUUUGAGUCUUUUUUGUGAUUUUAACAUCUGCAAUAUAAUAUAAUUGAGUAAGAAGGACAUUCCCAGAGUUUCACAGGUAGCUGUUGUUUUAGGCUUUUAGCACUUAAAAAAGGCUUUUUUUUUGUUUUUUUAAAUCUCUUUUCUGUGCUACAUUGUGCUGCAAAUAUGGAAAAUAUUUAAGGUGUCUGAUCUCGAAGGAAAAUAUAUAGAUAUUGGAAUGUAAUCUGAGAUGUGAAUGUUAAUCCACAAUCUGCUUAAUUAUAAUGUUUAUCACCCCAUAAAAGUGUAUGACAAUGUUAGAUAUCACUUUGGUGGCGCCUGACCCAUUGUUUAUCAAAGUUUAACUGCUGCAUGCCUCUCCUGGCUUUUGAUUUAUAAUAAACAGUAAAUGUUGUUUUCCAUCCUGGUAACCUCUGUUUUCUCCCUUUGGAGCCCCUUAAUUUGUUUCCUUACCAUUGUAUUGAUCCAAUGGAUUUUAUGUUGAACAAUUAUGCCUUUUCCUAUUGUGCUUUAUUAUCUUUACAUAUACUUAAGUGGUGUUUGAUAAUGGUGAAAUGCUAUGCUUUUAAUUGUUAUUGCCAAUUUAAUGCUUUGCAAAGAUCCUUUAUCUUUUUCUUUAAGGGGCUUUUGAAAAUGCAAGAUGCUGAUCACAAUGUAAUUUUAAGAGUUUCUGACCUAAUUACAAGUAGAAGCUGGAUAGUUAGCUUCAUAUGCAUGCGUGGGUUAGAAAUAUCAGAUGUGUUUAACUGACCAUUUAUCUUUAGGUGAUAGUCUCAUAAUGUUCAUGCACACAAUUUUUUAUGCUAUUUGGAUGGCACCGUAAAUGAUUAAUUGAUGCGUUUGGAAAUGGGUGGAUCUGAACCCUUAUUGCUCCUCUCCUCGUUUCAUUUGUAAGCAAAAUGGAUAUGGCUAAAACUCUAUGCAAGUGAUACUACUCAAAAGUAUUUGCAUACCAGCAUAGUUUUCUCUUCUUUCUUGGUAUGCCUCUAUUGGAGCUUGAAAGUCUGAAUGCCUGCAAGAUGCAAGGGCUGGCUUAAUCACUGCAGCUACAGCUACUUCUAAAGGACUUCCAGCAGUUAGCUAUGGAAUGCUUCAAAUGUCACUUUUAGAGUUUGUGUUAAAGACGGCCCAUUCUGACAAAACAUUUUAGUAGAUGUUUCGCUAUGUAUGAACGGUUCAUGAACAUUCCUUAUCAGGCGGGAUUAUUGUUGAUUUGCAAUGGAAUGAAAUGACCAUGAGCCUAUUGGAGGUGUUGUACUAGUUUCAUUUUCUUGUUGGAAUGACUCCCAUAGUCUUUUUAGGUAGAUGGGGGAUAUAUCUGCGUUUUUUUUAUAAGUAUGGUGAGGUCAAUUUUCUAUCUGAUCGCCAGUCUAGUUACCGGUGGAGAACACACACGGGAGUUGAAUUUUUGCAAACGGGUGAAAUCAAAGGAGCCUUGACUUUCUGUCUGCAAUUAUUUCAUUAAUCUCCGGCGGAGAAAUGGAAAUUUGAAACUGUAAUAUAAAAAGAAUGACUUGAGUCUACUGCAAGCUAGCGGUCCAAUGUUCUUUAUUGGGAUUCAACUCAAAUCUUUUUCUGGACCUUUUGGUUAAACUUGAGUCCAUAAUUUCAAACUGUGUGUGAAACUAAGUGAAUGAAGCGGCAAUGUUGUUCUGUCUCAAACUUGGUCAUGGUGUGGAACAGCCAAAAGUAGUUUCUUAGAUUUGUAUACCCUCAACCUUUUAUGAGGUCGAAAAGCACAAGUUGACAAGUCUGUUCAACUUUCAAGGAACUGCCCCUUUUACAAAUGUGGGUGUUUCUUUUUUUGUAGAAGCUUAUCUCAGCAUCUGCUUAAUACAAUGCUUUGUUGGUGUCAAACCUGAAUGUAUUAUAUCAGUCUUGUGUCAGGGUUUCUGUCCUCACAUAGGGGGAAAAAAAGUAAU